AUGACUCGCUUCUCGUGUGUUGCGCUUGGCGUCUUUGCCUUCCUCAUCUCUGCAUUGGCUGUGACUGACGCCUUUUACAUUCCAGGUGUUCAACCCAGGUACUAUGCUGAAGGUGACGAGGUUCAUUUUUGGGUGAACUCACUUCGCUCACUUCAGGUGUUGUUCCCAAAGGAGUACUACACGCUUCCCUUCUGUAGGCCGAGUGAAAUCAUUACAAAGGACGAGUCCAUCGGUGAAAUCAUAUGGGGAGAUCGUAUACAGAAUUCCUUGUACGUCACAAACAUGAAGAAAAACACGAACUGUACCGUGCUUCCAAACUGUGACGCAGUUGCCAACACUAAGACCAUUUUGAGUAAUAUAGAUGACUUGGAGGGCUCCAUUGAAAAGGGGUAUCGCGGUUUCAUGAACAUCGACAACCUUCCCGUUUUCGGAGAGGUGCCACCGGACUUGCUUGCUCAUUGUGCCUCCGUCCCAAAGGACAUGCGUCACACUUUCUACCGCGGCUAUUGGAUUGGCACGCCCAGUGCCUGCACCGGUAAAACACUCAUUAACAAUCACCUUGAAUUUGUGAUCAAGUACAAUCAUGCCCCUCAUGACCCUAACAAAUUCAUGGUAGUUGGACUUAAGGCCACGCCUUAUAGCAUCAAACACAGUGAUGACGGGCUGAGUUGUAAUGCGGAUAUGUCCGCCACUGGGAGCGCGUUAGACUAUCUUACCACCGAUGAUGUGCGUGGGGGAGCCGUUGUGCACUGGUCGUAUGGCGUCAAAUGGGAGAAAUCUGAUGUUAUUUGGGCCACCCGGUGGGAUGAAUACCUCCACAGCUCGGUUGCAGAUUCCAGUCCUGCAUUUCACUGGCUUUAUGUCUGCAGCAGUUUAGUUGUCGUGCUCAUGUGUGCCGCCUCUGUCGCAACCAUUCUCAUGCGUACUCUCCACAAGGACUUCAGCCGCUACAACUCCCCCGUUCUGGAAGAUGGUGAGGAGGAAAGCGGUUGGAAGCUUGUUCAUGCUGAUGUGUUUCGGCCGCCAGACCGCGCCCCACUGCUUGCCGCCCUAACUGGAAAUGGGUACCAGGUGUUGGGCAUGAGCGCCGGAACAAUGUUAUUUGCUUUGCUUGGUUUCCUUUCUCCCGCCCGCCGCGGUGCUCUUUUGAGUGCUGUUAUAUUUCUGUUCGUGUUUAUGUCAGUUGUGUCUGGGUACGUGUGCGGCUUCUUGCUCAAGUACUUUGGACGAUGUGAGUGGAAGCACAUCUUUUUCUGCGGCUGCGCCUUCCCUGGCGCCAUCGUUGGCGUCUACACCUUCGCCAAUAUCAUCAAUUAUUCCCAUGGCUCUUCGGGAACGAUUCCAUUUUCGCUCUUGUUUAUUCUACUGUCGCUGUGGAUUCUUAUCAGUGUUCCACUUACCGUCCUCGGCGCCUCGUUCUCAUUCCGCCAGGAGUCCCUCGCUAAUCCUGUCGCUGUUGGCCGUUUAGCGCGCGAGAUUCCACCACAGACGUAUAUGAAUCGGACUCUGUUUUUACUGGUGGUUCCUCCCAUCUUUCCGCUAUGUACAAUCAUAUUAGAGCUCAACUUUGUCCUGCAGGCGCUGUGGUCUGGGCAGGUGUAUUAUGUGUUUGGGUUUCUGGCGUUGGUGAGCUUUAUUUGGGUCAUCAUAACAGCUCUUGUCACAGUGUUCCAUCUAUAUUACGUUCUGUGCCGUGAGAAUCACCAGUGGUGGUGGCCCGCAUUCUUCAUCCCUGGUGGGUUCGGUGUGCCGCUCUUCGUUUACUCGAUUUUCUUCUACAUGACGCAAUUGGCAAUUCACACUUUUGCUUCCUCUUUACUGUAUUUCUUGUACAUGGGAUUGAUAUCGUAUGCCUAUGGGCUGGCAGCGGGAGCAGUGGGGCUCACAUCGGGAAUUAUGUUUGUUCGCAAAAUAUAUGGAAGCAUCAAGGUGGACUGA